UCAGGUAUGAGUGAGCAGGAUGUUGCGGAAUACAGGAAGACCUUGGCUAUCCGUGUUUCUGGUUUCGAUGUACCACGACCUGUUAAGACUUUUGAAGAUUGUGGAUUCUCUGUGGAACUAAUGAAAGCAAUAGCAAAACAAGCAUAUGAAAAGCCUACACCAAUACAGUGCCAAGCUUUACCUAUUGUGCUUUCUGGAAGAGACAUAAUUGGAAUAGCAAAAACGGGCUCAGGAAAGACUGCUUCAUUUGUGCUUCCUAUGAUAGUCCAUACUAAGGAUCAACCUAAGCUAGCUAAAGAAGAAGGCCCCAUUGGAGUGAUUUGUGCACCUACCAGGGAAUUGGCUCAUCAAAUAUAUUUGGAAGCUAAGAAGUUUUCCAAAUUUUGUGGUAUCCAUGUGGCUGCAGUUUAUGGUGGGAUGUCGAAGCUUGAUCAAUUCAAGGAACUGAAGGCAGGGUGUGAGAUAGUUGUAGCUACUCCAGGGAGAUUGAUAGACAUGAUUAAAAUGAAGGCGCUGACCAUGCUGAGGGCAACCUACUUAGUACUUGAUGAAGCUGAUAGAAUGUUUGAUCUUGGUUUUGAGCCUCAAAUAAGGUCAAUAGUGGGUCAAAUAAGGCCAGACCGUCAAACAUUACUCUUUUCAGCAACUAUGCCUCGAAAAGUUGAAAAGCUUGCUAGGGAGAUUCUAUCCGAUCCUGUGAGAGUAACUGUAGGAGAGGUGGGUAUGGCCAAUGAGGAUAUUACCCAAAUUGUCCACGUGAUGCCAUCAGAUGCAGAAAAGUUGCCCUGGCUUCUCGAGAAGCUUCCUGUAAUGAUAGAUGAAGGUGAUGUUCUGGUCUUUGCCUCAAAGAAGGCGGCAGUUGAUGAAGUAGAAGCACAACUGCUUCAGGGAGGUCUUAAGGUAGCAGCACUUCAUGGUGAUAAGGAUCAGUCUUCUCGUAUGGAGAUAUUACAAAAAUUCAAGUCUGGAAUAUACCAUGUACUUGUUGCAACUGAUGUUGCUGCUCGAGGUCUUGAUAUCAAAUCCAUUAAAUCUGUAGUCAACUUUGACAUAGCUAAAGACAUGGACAUGCAUGUACAUCGCAUCGGAAGGACAGGUCGUGCAGGGGAUAAAGAUGGAACUGCGUACACCCUGAUAACGCAAAAGGAGGCAAGAUUUGCUGGUGAACUAGUUAACAGUUUGAUUGCUGCUGGUCAAAAUGUAUCCCCAGAGCUCAUGGAUCUUGCUAUGAAGGAUGGGCGGUUCAGAUCAAAACGUGAUGCACGAAAAGGAGGUGGUAAAAGAGCUAAAGGAAGGGGAGGUGGUGGUGGUGGUGGCGGUGGCAGAGGAGUUCGUGGUGUGGACUUCGGUUUGGGCAUUGGGUAUAAUACCGAAUCAAAGGCUGAAUUAACCCCUGCACCUAGUCGUUCUGCGACAGUUAACUCGCUGAGGACAGGGGCAAUGGCACAAUUUAGAAGCAGUUUCGUACCUGCAUCAUCAACUUCCCAGGAUCAAUUCAAUUCAGGUUCACGGCCCAAUAAUCGGCCUGUUUUACGUGGCUUUGUAUCCGGUGGGACUAUUGGGGGUGAUAUUCCUCCUGUAAAAGUACAGAGUGUGACACCUACAACAUCUGCGUCAAAUAAUACCCCAAACUCGGGAGAAAUUAGAAAGCAGACACAUUCUGAAAGAGACAACAAAGCAAGAGAAAGACGAAGGCCCUCUGGCUGGGAUCGUUAGUGCAUGAUUUUGUUGCAAGAAGAAGUUUGUAUUUCUUGUAAGUGCAUUCCUCG